AGACCACGCGGGGAUUAUGAGUAAAAAUCGUUGACCUGCCAGACUGAAAAAUCCUGCCAAGUGAAAGGGGCAAGAAAGAUCCGUACCAGUGUGUUUUCCUACCGACUGUCGCACAAGGAGACCACUCUUCAAGAGGGAAUAUAUUCGCUCGUUUAUUGGAAACGUGCAGUUCUACGGCAGGUAUAAGUGGACGCGCCAGAGUAGGGCCAAUACCACCCAACCAAGCCUCCAAUCCUUCCGGCCCUCAGUGCUCAACAAUCGCAACAAACAAGUGAUCUAGGAUGUCAAUUUCCUCAUAUACUGCAGCCAAAGCCUCCUCUGGUGGUACACAUUCGACUACCAAGCUGCCAGCAGCGCAGGCACAGUACAGCAAAACCGAGGAGUCUGCCUUCGAGGGCCUGCGUAACAUUGUUCACCAGUUGACCAAUCGCCAGCCUGCGACGCCAUAUGAGACUUUGUUAGAAGCGGCUCGGCUGAUGAAGGCUCUCCCCGCUGAGAAUGCAAAGAUGAGGCAACAACUGAGCAAUAUGGGAGGAGCUCCUGGUGGUUUGACGGCGAAGAGCGGCAGAUCUGCUACCGGUACGCACUAUACAAAACCCAAAUUUUCUGAUGCAGAGAGGGGCGCGUAUUCUCAACGUUUAUCAGGUCAAGCCCAGCAUGGCCCCGGUUUCUCGAAGGCUAUGACCGCUGCGCACCAGCCUAACAAGGCUGGGGCGUCGCCUUACUAUUAGUAGAUUUGUCCCUGAUAUUGUCUGAGUGUCUCACUCGC